AUGCUCGCACCAUCGUACUCCGAUGUCAUCGUGACCAAUGCGCCCGUAGACUCACUAUAUGUCGCGGGGGCCCUCAUGUGGAGUUCUCAUCUCGCAAAGUCGUUUACGAAGGCGACUGAUGAGAUGCCUGUACAAUUACCUUCUCGUAUGCUUAUAGGGCUUUCCAAUGCCGUUGUCUGCUGUAUGAAGCGCGGAGGAUCGCACAUAAUGCAGCACAGACUCUUGUGCCUCAUGACCGUGCUGCACGCUUACUUGCCAUCACUUUCCCCCCGCGUCCUGAGAUGA